GAGCAUGCGUAUUGGGCCUAGCGCGCCAUUUUGCUAGAGUUUGAAUGUGUGGUUGGGGGCAGGUAGUGUAAGUGACCUGGGAGACUCAGUGACAAGGCUAUUCUCCGCUGUUAUCUCUUGCAAGACAGGUUUUACAUACUGUUAUACAUUACCAACUCCUCAUUCUGAUUAUGGAACUGAGUGACGCCAAUUUGCAGACAUUAACUGAAUAUCUUAAGAAAACACUUGACCCAGAUCCUGCCAUAAGGCGUCCAGCUGAAAAGUUUCUAGAAUCUGUUGAAGGAAAUCAGAACUAUCCACUUUUACUUCUAACACUGCUUGAGAAAUCUCCAGAAAAUGUCCUCAAAGUGUGUUCUUCUGUUACAUUCAAAAACUAUAUAAAAAGAAAUUGGAGAAUCGUUGAAGAUGAACCAAAUAAAAUUUGUGAAACUGACCGGAUAGCUAUUAAAGCUAAUAUUGUAAACUUGAUGCUUAGCAGCCCAGAACAAAUCCAAAAGCAGUUGAGUGAUGCCAUAAGUAUCAUUGGAAGGGAGGAUUUCCCCCAGAAAUGGCCUGAUUUACUGACUGAAAUGGUGAACCGUUUUCAGAGCGGUGAUUUUCAUGUGAUCAAUGGUGUCCUUCGCACUGCUCACUCUCUGUUUAAAAGGUAUCGUCAUGAGUUUAAAUCUAAUGAGCUCUGGACAGAGAUUAAGCUUGUGCUAGACACAUUUGCUGCUCCGUUGACCAACCUUUUUAAGGCAACCAUUGAGCUUUGUAGUACACAUGCAAAUGAUGUCAGUGCUUUGAAAGUCCUCUUCUCCUCGUUAACUCUUAUUGCAAAACUCUUCUACAGUUUAAACUUCCAGGAUCUCCCUGAAUUCUUUGAAGAUAACAUGGAGACAUGGAUGACUAAUUUUCACAGUCUUUUAACUUUGGAUAACAAACUAUUGCAAACUGACGAUGAAGAAGAAGCUGGUUUGCUAGAAUUGUUAAAAUCACAGAUCUGUGAUAAUGCUGCGCUUUAUGCUCAAAAAUAUGAUGAAGAAUUCCAGCCAUAUUUACCUCGUUUUGUCACAGCAAUCUGGAAUUUGUUAGUUACAACAGGCCAAGAAGUUAAAUAUGAUUUGUUGGUAAGCAAUGCUAUUCAGUUUCUUGCAUCGGUAUGCGAAAGACCCCAUUACAAGCAUCUGUUUGAGGAUCCAAGCACCUUGACUAGUAUUUGCGAAAAGGUCAUAGUUCCCAACAUGGAAUUUAGAGCUGCUGAUGAAGAAGCCUUUGAAGACAAUUCUGAGGAAUAUAUAAGAAGAGACUUGGAAGGAUCUGAUAUUGACACCAGACGCCGAGCAGCUUGUGACCUUGUACGUGGUUUGUGCAAAUUUUUUGAGGGACCUGUAACGAACAUCUUCUCUGGUUAUGUCAGUUCUAUGCUUCAGGAAUAUUCGAAGAACCCCUCUGUAAAUUGGAAGCACAAAGAUGCAGCCAUUUACCUUGUAACAUCUUUAGCAUCAAAGGCUCAAACUCAAAAGCACGGGAUUACUCAAGCUAAUGAACUGGUUAAUUUAACAGAAUUUUUUGUAAAUCACAUUCUUCCAGAUCUAAAGUCUGCAAAUGUUAACGAAUAUCCGGUUCUUAAAGCAGAUGGAAUAAAAUAUGUCAUGUUUUUCCGGAACCAAAUCCCUAAAGAGCAGACCUUGGUUGCUAUCCCUCUUCUAAUAAAUUAUCUGCAAGCAGAAAGCAUAGUAGUUCAUACUUAUGCUGCCCAUGCUCUUGAGAGACUGUUUACCAUGAGAGGGUCUACAAAUAUCACCCUAAUUACAGCAGCAGAUCUUCUACCAUAUGUGGAACUCCUCCUAGCUAAUUUGUUCAAAGCACUUUCAUUACCUGGCUCAUCUGAAAAUGAAUACAUCAUGAAGGCUAUUAUGAGAAGUUUUUCUUUACUCCAAGAAGCCAUAAUUCCAUAUAUUCCUUCUGUCAUCAGCCAGCUGACUCAAAAACUGCUUUCAGUGAGCAAGAACCCAAGCAAACCUCAUUUCAAUCACUACUUGUUUGAGUCUAUCUGUUUGUCAAUACGCAUUACCUGUAAGGCGAAUCCUGCAGCUGUAGGAAGCUUUGAAGAGGCACUGUUCAUUGUGUUUACAGAGAUACUUCAAAAUGAUGUUCAAGAGUUCAUACCCUAUGUGUUUCAAGUAAUGUCCUUGCUCUUGGAAAUUCAUAGAAACGAUAUCCCAGCAUCCUACAUGGCACUCUUUCCCCAUCUCCUUCAACCAGUUUUGUGGGAAAGAACUGGUAACAUUCCACCUUUGGUGAGACUUCUACAAGCGUACUUGGAAAGAGGUGCAAGGGCAAUAGCUACAAAUGCUUCAGAUAAAAUUCCGGGAUUACUUGGAGUCUUCCAGAAGUUGAUUGCUUCAAAAGCUAAUGACCAUCAAGGGUUUUAUCUACUUAACAGUAUAAUUGAGCACAUGCCCGUGGAAUGUGUCGACCUGUAUAGAAAGCAAAUAUUCAUUCUGCUUUUCCAGAGGUUGCAAAAUUCUAAAACUACAAAGUUUGUAAAAAGUUUCUUGGUCUUUAUAAAUCUGUACUGCAUAAAAUAUGGAGCAAUUGCACUGCAAGAAAUGUUUGACAGCAUCCAACCAAAGAUGUUUGGGAUGGUGGUGGAAAAAAUUAUUAUUCCUGAGAUACAGAAAGUGUCAGGUCCUAUCGAGAAAAAAAUAUGUGCUGUUGGAAUUACAAAGCUGUUAACAGAGUGCCCCUCUAUGAUGGACACAGAAUAUACAAAGCUUUGGACUCCAUUGCUACAGGCCCUCAUUGGUUUGUUUGAGCUACCAGAAGAUGAUACAAUUCCUGAUGAUGAACACUUUAUUGAUAUUGAAGAUACUCCAGGAUAUCAGACUGCAUUCUCACAGCUGGCAUUUGCUGGCAAGAAGGACCAUGACCCUAUUGGAGAAAUGGUUAAUAAUCCCAAAAUCCUGCUGGCACAGUCUCUUUACAAACUGUCAACUGCUUUUCCUGGCAGGGUACCUUCAAUGCUAAGCACAAGUCUGAAUGCAGAAGCUCUCCAGUUCCUCCAAGGAUACCUGCAAGCAGCAAGUGUUACUCUGGUUUGAAUUCACACCUUAAUAUGACACCAAACUCCCAACGGCUCGUGAUAUAUUUAACUUCAUAGCACUUAUGGAUUUAUUUAAUGUUGCUGCAUGGUCCUGAUUCAUUUUGUCUGUGACUGCUGAAUCACACCUCAUUCUCCAUUUUGUUUGUGUGUUCUGUUUUCUCUGUAACCAUGCAGUGAUUACAAAGUAAGUCCCAAUGUUUCAGUUGUGCUAAAAUUGUUCCAGUGUUAAAUGAACUACCAUAUUAUGUGGGAUGAAAAUAUAGAUAUAAGUUGGUUUAUCUCUCUUCAUUGUGUCAAUUUUUUAUCAUUUAAACAAAUAAAAUAGAAGUUAAUUUAUUACUCAAAUUAACCAACUUUGCUGGAUCUUUGUAAUGUUUUCAAAUAAUGCAAUACACUUGUAACUUGUCAUUUUUUUUGUUUUGAUAUCAUUUGUCUGCAUUUUUUUCUAUCUUCAUGCUUGUGUGUUAUUUUCUGAUCUGUGAAUAAAAAAAAGCAUUUGUUUAACA